CUUUGUACCGCACUCAGAAGACCUACUCCGGGCCUGGGAACUUUGUACAGAGAGGGAGCAAGAAAACCUCGCUGGUGCCUCCGGGGCCUGGGCCGCAUCCGGGCGAGAACAUGCCCUCUGCCCGGCCCGAGGCUUAGUUAGGUAACGACCGGGACUCCAGGGCGGCUGCUGCAGAGCCCGCGGCGCACGUGCCCCGGUGCCCCCGCGCGUCCCCGUGCACGCCGGCCCCGCCGCCCCGCGCCAGCCGCCGACCCCACAGCGGCGCCUCCGCUACCGGCGCGCCGGCCCUCGCUGCGGCCCCCGGCCCAGCCGCACGCCCAUGCUCUCGGCCACCAGGAGGGCCCGCCAGCUCUUCCACAGCCUCUUUCCCGUCCCGAGAAUGGGUAACUCCGCCUCCAAGCUCAUCAGCCCUCAGGAGGCAUUGCCGGGCCGGAAGGAGCCGGUCGCCGUAGCCGCCAAACAUCAUGUCAAUGGCAACAGAACAGUUGAACCUUUCCCAGAGGGAACACAGAUGGCUGUAUUUGGAAUGGGCUGUUUCUGGGGAGCUGAAAGGAAAUUCUGGACCUUGAAAGGAGUAUAUUCAACUCAAGUUGGUUAUGCUGGAGGCUACACUCCCAAUCCUACUUAUAAAGAAGUCUGCUCAGGAAACACUGGCCACGCAGAGGUAGUCCGAGUGGUGUACCAGCCAGAACGCAUCAGCUUUGAGGAGCUGCUCAAGGUCUUCUGGGAGAAUCAUGACCCGACCCAAGGCUUGCGCCAGGGCAACGACCAUGGCUCUCAGUACCGCUCUGCCAUCUACCCGACCUCCACCGCGCACAUGGAGGCAGCCCUGAGGUCCAAGGAGGACUACCAGAAGGGUUGUGUAUCCCUUGUUCAUCAAGCUACAGCACCGAGUCGCCCUCCCAGCCCCCAGCCCCACCCCUGCCUACUCCGCAUCGUUCCUGGCACGGAGCUGAUGGCAACUGGCAUGGAAGUGCUGAGUAUUGGUGCAUGUUUGAAAAGAGGUUCUGUCGGAGCACGGCUUCGGCCCGAUCACCACGGACAUCCGGGAGGGCCAGGCUUUCUACUACGCGGAGGAUUACCACCAGCAGUACCUGAGCAAGAACCCUGAUGGCUACUGCGGCCUCGGGGGCACCGGGGUGGCCUGUCCGCUGGGUAUUAAAAAGUAAUCUCUCUCCACGUGGCCAGCCCUUGAGGUCACAGCAAAAAAAAAAAAAAAAAAAAUCAAAAAUCAAAAAUGCUUCCAACAAAUCAGGCAAUUCUUUUGUAUUUCCCAAGGGGCUUUUCAAAGUGCACAAAGGCUCCUAAAAAUUGUGUUCAUUGAGGUGUAAUUGACAUGAGGUGCAAUGGAUGGUUGAUAGCAUGUAAUUUAGCCUCUAAUAAGUAAUGGUGGGAGAAGAGAUGUGAGGUUUUUUGAAUCAUUUGUUGUCUGAGGGAGAUCAUGAAUAAUCAGUGUUCACCCUUCUUGUGCCUGGGUGCCUGCCCUGGACUCUAGGGUACAAAGCUGGGAGACUGUCGCCAGGCUAGGGCAGGUGGGAAGUCCUCUGUCUGUGCCCUGUUCCACUUCACAUGCCUUCCGGCUUUCCAGUGCCUUAAAAUUUGUAAACCCUUAUCUCCUCCGUGAAUCGUUCCCUGACAUACUUUGCUCUCCUGAUCCUAUGCACGUGUCAGGAGCUUUCUCUCCUUUCAGUCCUCCUGGUGGCAGGGAAAGGGGGUGAGUUAGCCUAACGCUUUGCUUACAGCGAUGAGAAAUGCUCGUUCUAAUAAAAGUCUACAGUCUAAUAAUACAAA